GCUACGCCUCACGCAGCGAAAUCAGUUUUCUUUUGUCACCUGAAAUCCGUGUGAUCCACGUCAGUGCAGAGAACGUGUUCCGUCGAGAAAUGCACACUGAAAGGAACACAGAUCGGCAGCUUUGACCGUAUCCGACACAAAGCACGGCGACGCCUGGCCAUGCCGUUUGAGGGGCGACAGGACUUGAUGAAACUGCUUCGCAGCGGUGAGGUCGAUGAGGAAGAUCUCCUCGAAUGCUUGAAAGAUGAUGUGCGUGGCCGAGACCCCUUGGAGGACAAAGCUGACCAUGCUGCCCAUCAGAAGGACAAAGAUUGGUGGACUCCCUUACAUUGGGCGGCACAGGACGGCCAUGAGCGCUUGGCUGAGAAGCUUCUGGGUCUUCGAGUCAGCACAAACGCAGCAGACACCUGCGGUGCUACACCUUUGAUGAUUGCAGCCUUUAACGGCCGCACCCGGAUCAUUGAGGCCCUCCUGAAGGAUCGGUCCACCGAUGUGCGGCAGACGAACAAGUACCUUACUACAGCACUCCACUACGCGGCACAACGUGGACACGCUGCAAGCAUCGAGAUGUUAGUCGAGUCAAAUGCAGAGGUGAAUGCCCUGGACCGGCAUAGCGACACCCCGCUGUCAUGGGCUGCCCGAAGCGGUCACCUGGAUGCGGUGAAGAAGCUCAUCGAAUACCGAGCAGAUCCGCUGCUGGACAAUAAUGCAAGUGAAGAUCCAAUUGAGUUGGCCAAAGCCAAUGGUCAUGAAGAAGUUGCAGAAGUCAUGGAGGCCUCCGUCGAUGACAAGGAGCAGCUUGCAAUGUCCACGUAGGGCUGGUCGCCACGAGAUCCGGAUGGAACUUCCUCUGAGCAGAUCCUUAGCCAUGUUACCUUGCAGGUCGUUUCACCGCCAGCCUCAAGGAGAUGGUUUAGCACCAAAGGUGCAAGCAUAAGCAGCCAUCGGCAAACGAAAGAAACGUUGAUUGAGGUGUGGCGCAGUGUGAUAGAUUUAGUAUUUCAACAUGAAGUCGCAUGUGAUAGGCACGUUUGGCACCAGCAACUGGAUAGCCAAAGAGCACACUCAGGGCGAGGCACGAA